AUGGAGAAUUCUAUCAAAAAGGAAGAGGCGAAUCAAAAUAAUUUUACUAGUUCUGAGAACAAACAAGCUGAAUCCCCAAAUAAAUCUAAUGACCCUAAGCCUUUUCCAGUGUUCAAAGUACCAUUACCAGACAAUUGGUCCUUUGAAGUAAUCAAAAGUGGAAUUAGCUUAGAAAUUAUGGAAUUUCCGUUGAAAGAAUUUCUUGUACUCGGACGUUUGCCAGUUUGUGAUAUACAAAUGGAGCAUCCGUCUAUUUCUAGAUAUCAUGCAAUCAUUCAGUUUAACGAUAAAGGCGAGAUUUUUUUGUAUGAUUUGGAUAGUGCUCAUGGAACUAUAAUCAACAAACAAAGAAUAUUAUCACAAAGUUAUAUAAAACUUCGCGUCGGUGACCAGUUAAAAUUUGGAGAAAGCACCCGAACAUAUAUUUUAUUGGGACCCGAAGAACCACAACCAGAACUCCCAGAACCAAAACGAAUUUCUAAACCAUUAUCAAAAUCUAUAGAAGAGUCUGGCGUUAAUUGGGGUUUUGCAGAGGAUGCAGAGGAUGAAGGUGAAAUGAAUGUUUCGGCUGCUAAAGAAUCAUGGAAGCGUGAUGAAGAUGCUUAUUAUUACAAAGAUCCAAAAAAAGCUUUAAGGAAUUGGCUUGAGAAUCGUGGUUAUGAUUUGGAUUUUGAAAAUGAGCAAGAAGGACCAGGUCACUCACGUACUUUUACUGCUCGGAUUCGGUUACCAGACGUUGAAGAUGCAUAUGGGCCUGUUUAUGGUACAGGCAGUGGUUCUAAAAGAAAGGAUGCAGAAAAACAAGCUUCUAUAGAUGCUUGUGAGAAACUGGACAUGCUUGGCCUUCUGCGCGCAAGUCAAGACGAAGCCUCCGCAAGAAAGAAAAGAAUACGUGAUUUGUUAGGUGAUAACGAUGAAGACGAUGAUAACGAUACUGAGCGAGCAAAACUACGUAAAAUACAGCAACCUCAAAAAGUGGAAACUUAUGAAUCAUUAACAAAACAACGAGAAGAACUUGCAAUUAAAAUCGAAGAAACUCGAAAUAAAAUAUCUUUUGCUAAAGAAUUUGAAAAAUUAUCUCCCGCGGUUGCGGCUGAAGAUGAUUUAGAUACUUAUAUGGAUUCAAUAAAUAAUGAUCUUAAGGGUGAAUCAGCAGCAAACUUGGAAGCUAUACUACAGGAAUUAUUAAAGCAAGAUCAGAGGCUUGCUAAACUAAUUGAAAUCACGAAACCUCUUGAUAUUAUGCAAAGUAAUUCAAUAAUAUUAUCCUCUUCAAAAUCAGAUGUUGCAAACAACAAUGCAGCUGUAUCUGCAAUUGCAACAAAUACAUCAUUAAUUACCGAACCGAACAUUAAAAUAAAUGUGGAGAAAAAACAACAGGAUACACUUAUCCCAUCAUCAAAUAAGUUUAAAGUUCCAAUAUCAACAAUUAAUUUUGAACAACGUGAUAAAUUUCUUAAUGUACAACCAACCAAAGAGUCUUCAACUUAUGUUUCACAAAAAAGACUAAUUUCUUCUGAUAAAGAAGAAAUUAAUAAUGAAGAAGAAAUAAUGAAAACUACGAUACCAAUGACACCUCAAGAAUAUGAAGAAAAUCAAGAAAAUGCCAAAGAAUUAAAUGAAAUUGAAAUAGAAGAAGCUACUGUAUGGGAACCACCUAAAGGACAAACAGGUGAUGGCAGGACAGCUUUGAAUGAUAAAUAUGGAUACUAA